AUGAAACGAAGCUAUGAUAGUGGUGAAAACUGCUCAGGAAAUACUAAUAAUAAAGUUCUUUUGGUGGAAAGAAACUUUGAGCCCAAUGGUGUAGCCUUAGUUAACCCAUUGAAAGUAGGAAAACAUUCUUUUGAGGAAACCAUGGAACUGGCAGAAACACACAGUAAAUCACAAACAUUUAUUCAAUCAAAUGCCCAAAAUAAACUGGAAAUUAUUGGCAGACAGAUGAAAAGUUUACAAGAUCUAAUGGUUAAUGUGCUAAGUGAAAGUAAAUUAGAUAUGGAUUUACACAAUGCAGCUUGUAAUUUUGUAAAGAAACCUGGACAAAUUUACCAUUUAUAUAAAAAGGAAUCAGGACAAAAAUACUUCAGUAUGUUGUCUCCAAACGAAUGGGGUUCCAAUGCACCCCACCAAUUUCUAGGCAGUUACAAAUUAGAAGCUGACCAAAGUUGGACCAAAGCUGGUGAAGGACAAAACAAAUUUGAAGGGUUAAAUUACUUAACAAAUGUUUUUAAAAUUCAACAAAUAAGUGCAUUAAUGGAUACACAAGCUAUAAUGGAUACAAGUUAA